UUUAUCGCGAAAUUUAAUUUUGCGUUUCCCUAACAAUUGAAACUUUUAACUAUUAAAGGAUAUAUUGGUUGAAAAUUACUGGCGAAAAAUAUUACGAAAAACAGCCACAAAAUGACAAGUACAUUGAAAACUGAUUCACAUAAAAGGUCAAAAUUAACCACAUUAACAGAAGACCACAAACGAUGGUGCGUCUUUGGAAAAGCUCUCAACCAUGUCGUCGUCCCUGCAAUACGUCCUGUUCUAGAGCAGGAAAUUCUCAAGGAGUACAACGACCUUAAAUUGAACCACAAUAUUCAUGUUCAGACCACACGCAGCUUUCCCUCGCCGAAAUAUCCAACUGGUAAUGCCAUGAAAUACGAGAACAUCAACGGGAAUGAUACCAAGUUAAAAGCCCCGCACAAUAAAAAGUUUGAUUACUCCAAGUUUGACUACAAAGUUACGUCCCAUGUUGAAUUUGCCAAGCUCCUUCUGCAGAAUUACAUGGCUAAGCUCAGCGCGUUCGACGAAACUUGUGAUGCAUCCGCUGUUCUUAUUCUACUUGGAAGAAUUCCAGUGUUUUCUGCUGCUCUCCAAAAUGCGGCAAAUGUUGCUAGAGAAUGUAGAAAUACUUGGGCACAUUGCGUUUUUACUGAGUGGGAAGAGUCCAACUUCACGAAGAGUUUUGACGACAUGGAAAAACUGCUAAGAGAAGUUGGUUUAUCUCCUGCAGAUGAAUCGAAAGUUUUAGCGGAACUUAAUGACUGGAAAGACAAAGAUGUUGCAUUGUGUAUGAAUGCUCCAAUUGAUUCGGAGCUAGUUAAAGUAAUGCAAGAACAUGUUACUAAAUUGUCAAGUGACGUGAACAAGAUGGCGUUUGAGAGUCAAGAAGAACUGUGCAACUUGAAAGAAAUUUUAGAAAAUACUCACGAAAAUUUACAAAAUUGCGAGAAACGAGUUAAAAAUAUGGAGCUUAACCAGGAUACUAUGCAACAUGAACUAAGUUCCACAAUUGACAAAGUAGAACAACUGAAAACCAAUCAAGAAUUUCUCCAAAAAGAACAGAGUUCUAUUUCAGCCAGAGUUGAUUUACAUCAGGCCGACAUGAAGCCAUUCAACAACAGAAUAGUUCUUACGGUUUCUCCGACUGUACUUCUGACAUUGAAUAUUUUGCUAGACGAUACGAUCCAGACACAAGACAUUGGUUCCUGGAAGAUUUCAACAAGUGGUUCAGUGAUUCUGAUAACUCCAGAAUGUGCUUGGGUGAUGCCGCAGUGGCAAAGUGUCAUGGCUGCUGUCGUUGCUCAGAGGGCAAAGAAGGAUGGAAACAUGGCAGCAGCGUACUUUUGUCGUCACUACGAUGGCACACGUCGUGAUCCCAGGUAUCUGCUUGGUACUAUCGCUUAUCAACUGUGUAAUUGUAAUAGUCAAUAUGAUAGGGUUGUGGGAGGGGAAUCCGGGAUUCAAAAUAUGUUGACUAAUGCUAAGCUAGGAGUUCACGAGCUGUUUACUAAAUUGCUAGAAGAGCCAUUAAGCAAAUGCGGUCGUGUUGCAAAAAAACUUGUUGUGAUUGAUGCACUAGACGAGACAGAAGAUUCGUCCAGAAAAGAUUUUCUUGAUCUCAUAAUGAACCGUUUUCCCAUGCUUCCUGAAUGGCUCGUUUUCUUCAUUACUAGCCGUCCGGAAGACUCCUUGCAGUUUAGACUGAAAACGUACAACCCGUGUAUUAGGAUUUGUGCAGGAAAUAGCGACAGCGCAGGCUUUUAUCAGCAGCAUAAACAGGAUAUUCAACGCUUUUUUGAGAAAAAUGUGAAGUUCACGGGGCUGUCGUACUCUGCUGAAGAGCUAACGGAAAAAUGCGAUGGAAUGUUUUUGUACGCUUUUUACCUUGUGGAAAUUCUUAAAAACACGAAACAAUUGGGUAGUGACCUUUUCCCUGGAAAUAUCAACGAUUUCUUUUACAAGAAUUUUAAACGUGUUUACGAAAAAUUAGGUGGAGAUGUUUAUUGGAAAUUGUUUGGUUGUGCUUUGGUGGCGCCUUCUCCACUUCCCAUUUCAUUCAUUUCGUUUCUUUUAAAAAGAGAAGAUUCCGAUCCUCAAACGCAGGAAGUAAUUGAUGCUCUCUCACAUUUUGUUGCAUUGCGAACCUCAGAUAAAACCUUUGCAUUUCUCCACAGUUUGAUCCCGGCCUGGUUAAUUGAUAAGGAAACGGCCUCUCGAAUGCUGUUUAUUGACCGAUGCAAGGCAGGAAAAUUAUUCAAAAGUAUUGUUGUCGAAUUCUUAAGUCAUUUUACACAGGAACGAUGGACAAUUUGUGCAAUUACAAGCUGGAUAUAA